CCUCCUGGACGCUCCUCCCGCGCCCUCCUCCCAGACGCUCCUCCCACGUUUCCCUCCCGGCGCUUCUCCCGGACUCUCCCGCCAGCGGCGCCCCAGGAGCUGGAGUCCGUGCGGGACGAGGCCGGGGCAGCCCCGCGGGACCUGCGAGCACCUACGGCGGGGCAGGCGGCGAUGCUGCUGCAGCUGCUGUGGCUGUGGGUCGGCGCUGCAGCCGCCCUGGGCGCGGGCGGGCAGAGCGCAGGAGUCGCAGGGACCGGGCUCGAGGCGCCCAACGUGGUGCUGGUAGUGAGCGACGCUUUCGUAAGUACCGAGCGGCAGGGAAGGACCCUGUGCCCGCCUCCAGGCUCGCUGCUUCCCCGUGCGGAUUCUGGGACAGGAACUUUCUGCAGUUUUCCCAAGGAGCUUUGUCCUGCUGCAAAGGCUAGAGCAAUAGUACAGAGGGUUCGGACCCUUGCCUUGCAUUCAACUGACCCAGAUUUGAUCCCAGCAUCCCAUGUGGUUUCCUGAGCACCGCCAGGACUGAUCCCUGAGUGCAGAGCCAAGAGGAAGCCCUGAGCACUGCUAGGUGUGACUCAAAACCAAAUAAAUAAAUAAAUAAAUAAACUUUGCUGUCUGUCCCUCCCUCUUCAUUGGAACUGUUCUUGAAUGAUCAGCAACUGUCUUCAGGUGACCUGUUCUGGUGUGCAGUUGCCUUUUCUGACUUGAUUUCAGGAUGGAAGACUAACAUUUUACCCAGGAAAUCGGGUAGUGAAACUUCCUUUCAUCAACUUCAUGAAAGCACAUGGCACUUUGUUUGUGAAUGCCUACACUAACUCUCCGAUCUGUUGCCCAUCACGUGCAGCACUCUGGAGUGGUCUCUUCACACACAUCACCAAAUCUUGGAAUAAUUUUAAGGGUCUGGAUCCAAAUUAUACAACAUGGAUGGAUGUCAUGGAGAAGUAUGGCUACCGGACACAAAGAUUUGGAAAACUGGACUAUACUACAGGACAUCACUCUCUCAGUAAUCGUGUAGAAGCAUGGACAAGAGAUGUUCCAUUCUUACUAAGACAAGAAGGGAGACCUAUGAUUAAUCUUACCCCCCAAAAGACAAAAGUAAGAGUCAUGAAAAAGGACUGGAUGAAUACAGACAGAGCAGUAAAUUGGCUAAGAAAGGAAGCAAAAAAUUAUACUCAACCAUUUGUUCUGUACUUGGGGUUAAAUUUACCACACCCUUAUCCUUCACCAUCUUCAGGAGAAAAUUUUGGAUCUUCAACAUUUCGCACAUCUUCUUACUGGCUUAAAAAGGUGUCUUUUGAUGAUAUCAAAAUUCCAAAGUGGUCACCACUGUCAGAAAUGCACCCUGUAGAUUAUUAUUCUUCUUACACAAAAAAUUGCACUGGGAAAUUUACAAAAGAAGAAAUUAAAAAUAUUAGAGCAUUUUAUUAUGCUAUGUGUGCUGAGACAGACGCCAUGCUUGGUGAGAUUAUUUCAGCUCUUCGUCAGUUAGAACUUCUUCAGAAGACUGUCGUGAUCUAUACCUCAGACCAUGGAGAACUGGCCAUGGAACACCGUCAGUUUUAUAAAAUGAGUAUGUAUGAAGCGAGUGCCCAUGUUCCUCUCCUCAUGAUGGGUCCAGGAGUCAAGGCCAACCUACAAGUAUCAGAUCUGGUUUCUCUUGUGGAUAUUUAUCCGACUAUGCUUGAUAUUGCUGGAAUUCCUCUGCCUCAGAAUUUAAGUGGAUACUCUCUCUUGCCAUUAGCGGCAGAAACAUUUCAGAAUAAACUUGGCUUCAAAGACCUGCAUCCACCCUGGAUUCUGAGUGAAUUCCAUGGAUGCAAUGUGAACGCCUCCACCUUCAUGCUCCGAACUCACCAGUGGAAGUAUAUAGCCUACUCUGAUGGGGUUUCAGUAGCACCCCAACUCUUUGAUCUUUCUUCAGACCCAGAUGAACUAACAAACAUCGCUACAACAUUCCCAGAAAUUACUUAUUCUUUAGAUCAAAAGCUUCGCUCCAUUCUAGACUACCCCAAAGUUUCUGCUUCUGUUCACAAAUACAACAAAGAGCAGUUUGCCAACUGGAAACAAAGUGUAGGACAGAACUAUUCAAAUGUGAUCUCCAACCUUAGGUGGCAUCAGGACUGGCAGAAACAACCAAGGAAGUAUGAAAAUGCCAUCAAUCAGUGGCUUAAAACCCACACAAAUGAAAAACGUUCAUGGACAAAACAACGAUUAUCUAAAAGAACAUAGAAAUAAUGUUUAAAAAACAAGGUAAAUUGGCUCUCAGCCCCUGCCGGCUCUCAGGCACGCUGCAGGGUCCCAACACGUUGGCUUGAAUAAACCCUGUGUGUUUGCAGAAAGAGUUGUCUCGGU